UUUCUUUUUGUUUUCCUUCUCCCUUUUUUAGGAAUAUUCCUUGUAAAACGUUCAAGAAAAAAGUUCAGAUGAUGAUUUUAUGCAAAAUUGAUCAAAGGGCUAUCAUUUUUUUCUUUUUUAAGUGGGCCACAAAGGGAAAUAAAGAUAAUAUUUGUGAGGUGGGUAGUAUAAAAACACAGAGACCAAUGAGAAUAUGCGGAUAAACUUCAACUGUAUUAACUGAUUUCAGACCCUACCAAUACAUAGAGCUUGAAGAUCACUGAGACCUGUAUCAAUGGCUACCACUUUCCAAUCUCUGUCUCCACUUUGUCCUCCAUUAAAGCAGGCUGUUUCUUCUUCACCCACUCCAUGGAUUUCUUGUAGAUCCAUCUCAGAUUCAAUGGCUUGUUUGGCCAGUCUGCAUUCGAAUCGACACCAGCGAGGACAUGUUUCAGCUUCAGUUGCUUUUAACCCAUCUGGGAAUUUUGAUCUCUCUUUGUAUGACGAUGAAGAUGACUCACCAAAGGUUGAACCUCCAAUGCCACCAAAGGAAGGACGAUUCGACAUCGUUAUUGAUAAUGAUACAAUUCGCCAGCUUGACUUGUCCCCAUUUCACAAUGUCACUGGAAUUACAUCCCCUUCAUCAGCCAAGCCAAAAGAGUUUCUUGAUCGUACAAUUGGCUUUACCAUUAACUAUACAAGAGAAGAUCCAAAUGAUCCUCGAGAACUAUCCGAAUUCCCUGACAUAAGACUCUGGUUUUUGAGACUUGAUGCAACUUAUCCCUGGUUGCCAGUCCUGUUGGAUUGGCGAGCCGGAGAGCUUGCUCGUUAUGCUGCAAUGUUGGUUCCUCACCAGAUGAGCAUGAGAAUGGGUGUUGUUUUCAAUCCUGAGGCACUGGAAUUAUUUAUCAUGAAGAAAGUUUUUAUUGUAUACUCAUGGUUGAAGGAGCAUGAUAUUCCAAAGCCUAGACUGAAGACUAGUGACAUGGCUAGGAUGCUCGGUUUUGGAAUUGGCAACGAGCUCUUUGACUUGGUUGACAAACAACCAUUUUCUACAUCAUAAACAAUACAUCUCUAAAGCCAAAACAUGUUGUUUCCCCACAUCAUGUGGAUGAAGGAUCAAGUCCAGAAACUACAUUGAAUCUCCCAAUACCCUCUUGUUGCAACCCCUUGCAGAGUGUAGAUCAUUGUAAGCAAAGAAGCAGCAAUCCAAAAUGACAAAAUUUAUUAGAGCAUAAGAGAUUUCAAUUUGAGCAUGAUGGUUGACUUUUGGAAUUCCAACCAUAUAAACAACCAACAAUUCUUUUUUCUUUUUUCUUUUUUUUCUGUUUUUUGCUUUUUGGCUCAGAUAGGCUACUUCUGGAUACAAAAUUUGUAGUUUCUGUUUACCAAAAAAUCUAUUGACAAAAAAGAAAAAAUUCAUAAAUACCCAGAGGAUAUUGGAAAUUGCUA